GGAACCAAGCCGGCGAAGACAUCCAGACUACGUUAACUGUGUAAAGACGGACGCCACACAUCGCUGCACUGUCCCACCUCCGAAAAGCAUGUGUCGGCGGCGGCGUGUGACCGCUAUCAGCUGAGGCAGGAGGAGCGACGACCGAGCGACCGACCGACCGACCGAGGACGGACGACGCCGCGGUGGAUCUUCGCGGACAGCCCGCGGAGCAGGCAGCUGAGCCGCCGGACAGCUCGGAGCUGUCGCGAUGUUGUAGCCGACACCAUGGACACCAGAAUAAAGGAGAAGCCAGACAGAACAUUUGAUGUGGUUGUACAGGUGGCGUGUCCCACAUCUGAAAAUGACGAUCCAACCGUGCUGUGGAGCUUCCCCCAGGACCACACAGACCAGGAGGUCCUUCAGACAAUACCAAAGUUCUGCUUUCCCUUUGACGUGGAAAGGGUUAAUCAGGGUCAGGUGGGGCAGAAUUUCACCUUUGGGCUGACGGACAUCGACGGCAAGCAGAGGUUUGGAUUCUGUCGUCUCACUCAAGGCUGCCGGGUCUGCACAUGUCUGCUCAGUUAUUUACCGUGGUUUGAAAUCUACUACAAGCUGCUAAAUACCCUGGCAGACUAUCUAACGAAACAACAGGAAAAUGACUUGAACGACAUGCUGAAUUCGCUCUAUGAUCUGCCUGUGCCAAAGCCCUUCACGCCAGUCAACCUGAGUGUGAAUGAGCAGUUGUAUAUUGCCACUGGGCAAGUACUGAGAGAUCGGCGGAGCACGGAGCCGCACUCCUACUUCAUUGCCCCGGAUAUCAAUGGACUGCCAACGAUCCCUGAGAGUAGGAACCUGACGGAGUACUUCGUGGCCGUGGACGUCAACAACAUGCUCCAGCUCUACGCCAGUAUGCUGCACGAACGACGCAUCAUCAUUACCUCAAGCAAGCUUAGCACUUUAACUGCAUGUGUCCACGGUGCGACUGCUAUGCUCUUUCCCAUGUACUGGCAGCACAUCUUCAUCCCUGUACUGCCCCCACAUCUUCUGGACUACUGCUGUGCCCCUAUGCCAUACUUCGUGGGAGUUCAUCUUAGUCUGCUGGAGAGAGUUCGCAGUCGAUCGCUGGAGGAUGUGGUCAUUCUGAAUGUGGAUACCAACACCCUGGAGAGUCCCUUUGAUGACCUGCACAACCUGCCCAGUGACGUGGUGUCCUCUCUGAAGAGCAAGCUGAAGAAGCAGUCAACUGCCACAGGAAGUGGUGUAGCGCGGGCCUUCCUGAGAACGCAGGCCGCUCUGUUCGGAUCCUACCGCGAUGCCCUCAGAUAUAAACCCGGGGAGCCAAUCACGUUCUGUGAGGAGAGCUUUGUGAACCACCGCUCGAGCACCUUGAGGAGCUUCCUGUCCAUGGCUGUUAACCUGCAGCUCUUCAAACAGUUCAUCGACGGACGGCUGGCCAAAUUGAACGCAGGCCGCGGCUUCACCGACGCGUUUGAAGAGGAGAUCACAGAGGGGGGCUUCUGUGGAAGUAAUUCACGGUCUUAUCAGCAAUGGAUGCACACUGUAAAGAGGGGAGGAGCCCUCAUCAACACAGCUGUGACAAAGGCCAAGAGUCACGCCAAGAGGGGCAUCCGGGACAUUAAGGGCAGACUUAAAGCCAGGGAGGAGGAAGAAGAAGGGAUGAUGGUCUGUGCGGGGUCUCCCACCAGCACCAAGAGCCUGUCUCCAAGGAGACUGCAGAAGAUGAGACGGCACAACUUCAGCAAGUCUCCCAUGAGCAUGGACCCGCGAGAUCUCGGCUACGGGCUCGACGAUGAUGAGCUGGACAGCGCGAGCAAAAUCUCCUCCGAAGACAGCGGCGACGUCCCAUCCUACGCCGGGGACAGCGACGACUCGUAUUCGCUGGAGCUCGACAUCGACUCCUCCCACUCGGGCCAGAUGAACCUGCUGGAGGAAAUCCUGGACUCUCUGAACACCACGUCGUUGGACCAAGGCAAACUGAGUGCGGCCAAGAGCCUGGACUUCUUUCGCUCCGUGGAGGAUUUGGACUACAAGGCCCCGACCAAACCGACGCCCGCCGGUGAGUCUAAACCUGCAGAUGAGAGCGGAUGUGCUGGUGGCGAGGAUCAGGGGGGCUGGAACAUGGGCCAGGAUGACAGCGCAGUCCACGGAAAACACCUCCCGCCAUCUCCACGGAGACAGCCCAACAAGAGCAGCCUGAAGGUGUCGAAGAAACCUGCGGCAGCUCCUCCUCCGGUGCCCGUCACCGCCGCUGCAGCCCCGGCCCGGGCCGCCAAUGUCUCCAAACCCCUGUCUAGUCCUCCGCAGCCCAACUCUUACUCAGACCCUCACCUGUUACCUCCAGGACGACAACCAGGACACCGCUUCUCCUACUCGCCCGUGUUGUCCGACAGACUCACGGCCGCUCCGCCGUCUCCCACCCUCUUUCACACUCACAGUUCUCCAGCACCGAUUUCUCACCCGGACCAGUCCCCUGGUCCAGCGGGCCGGUCCCGGGCCAUCUCAGACCCCCAGGCCUGCACUGAGCCUCCUCAAACCCAGACCCAGAACCAGACUUCCUCCACCAGCAUCCUGAGGAGGAAGGUGCUGUCCAAGGAGGUGGUGAGGCACUACCAGGAGAAGGCCCUUCAGAGGCAGGGCAGCAAGGGCCACCGGGAGGGCGAGAGGUGCCCGUCGAGGCACAGACAGUCCGCUAUGCCGGUCCCGUGGGAGAAGGAGGUGUCCAAGGAGGGGCUCCUGGGGCUCGGCCUGUGUCUGGGUCAGGGUAGAGGCUCCGGGGCAGCGGUGGGUCAGGAUCAGGGCCUCCUCGAGGAGAUUGAGGCCCGGUGUUGCCUCGGCUCGGUCGUCCACACCAGCCUGCAGCUCUCGCAGGUUCACUGCAACAACAGUCACCACCAGGUCCAGGGCAACGCCACGGACGAGUCCUGAGGGACGUCACAGACUCCGAGUCUGGUUCUGAUGAAACACGCUCACUGUUAUUCGUCUGUAACGAUCGGCUGCAGACUCAGAGGACAUGAUCAGUUCUGAAGUUGUGUUGUUUGUUUGUUUUUUAUCUCGACACCCUGCCAUCAGGAAAAGUCACAAACCAAUCUGAUGUCGUAUAGACAGACACGACGGAAAAAUCAUGCUCUGCAGAGUUCUCCAUCUAUCCUCCAUCUUUGUCUUCAUAUGAUAAGAUCCCUGAUUUAUGAGGAAACGACACCUCACAUUGGAACAUAAAUAUCUCAACGUGUUUCCAAAGUUAGUCAAGAAAACUCAAAAGACAAGGUUACCAAUCGAAAUUCAGCAAAAUUUCAAAUUUGUUUUAGAAAACGGGUUAAAAUAAUGUAAUCUUACCACAGUGGCAGUAUCUUCCUUCCAUGUGAUAUGGGUGAUGAAGUAUCACAAUGUCAAAUUUACAAAGUUUGAAUUUCUCAAAAUGCGUGAAAAAUUGUCUGAACUGUGAUAGUAGCAGCACAAAAACACAAACGCUCCACUUGAUUUAAGAAAUGAACCCAAAUUACAACUGCAAACAACAGUUUUUUGCAGCAGGUUUACUCACCAUACUCAUUUUUACCUGUAAUCAUCUACAUUUCUGAACGACGCAUUGUAACACAGAACGGUGACCUACGAAUUAUAAUUUUUUUGCACAAAGUAUAUGUAGCCAACCUGUUCUCCUCGACUCACCGUCAGUGUUCCAAACAUUUCAAUUCAAUUGAAUUUGCACAUGAUAUAAUAAUACUCAGUUAUUACUUAGUUGGUACGAAGCGAAACAGGAUUUUGAAACAAAUCACACACUAUGUAAAACCUAUUUUUAUUAUCACCAUGCCUUAAAUGGACAUGUGAUCUGUAUAUGAUACUCUGGUGUCUUAAUCCACAGAUACCGCCACAGGUACUUUGUAAUCAGAACAAUGUGCCCGAGCAGCACUGUAUUUAUCUGUAUUAAUAGAGUAGUUAAUAUAUGAUGUGCUUUGAGCUGAUGUUUUAAAUUACAUUCCAGAUUAUGAGAUGUUCAAACCUCCUCCCCCUCUCUGUGGGGAGAUGCAAAUACACUCAGAGUUUAAAGGGAUGAUCUGCUCCUGCAUCAUCUCCUCCUCUGCUCCGCGUGUUGUCUCUCCUAAAUUUCUGCCUUUUUUCACCGAUUUCAGCGACAUCUCAUUCUCACUCUCGCCCUUAAAGACGUUGGCCGGUUUGUCGCAGAGCUCGUGAGGUUUCGGAGUGGAUGUACUUUAUUCAACUGGCAAUACGGUACAUGUGUGUUGUGAUCGACUCAUCUCAUGUCAAAGACCCGAACUGGCUGUUCAUCGUUCUGCCUCCCGUUGCUUGCAGACUCCCCCGCCCCGUUUGCCCCGUUUGUGGCGCACUGAUGAUGUCACCUUUUUAAAGUGGGUCACAAACACUGCACAUAGUUUCCAUUUUCAGUCUUUAAAAAAAACUCUGUGUUUUUGCUGUUUGUCUGGGAUUUGUGGACUUUUAAGAAAGAUCCAGAUCAUCGCCAGACUCGUAAGACUCGGGGUCCUCAUCGCCGCCGUCCUCGUCCCACACGAGGAAAUGCAAUCUCUGUCCUUCUAGGUUCGAGUCACACACACUGUAAUGAUGCAACGCAGUGAUUGAUGAUUGUACUGUAAUGCAGCAAUACAGCUCUCCUCGGAGAGAAAAAGCUACAUGGAUGUAAUGUGCACAGGGUCGAAACUAUUCCUAUACCAGACUCUCCUGUGGAGAGAAAACGCCGUGUCCGGAGACUGUGGGCUCCCACCGUCCUCUGAGUCACCGCAGAACCCAGAGACAAGAAGAAAGAGAGAGAGGAAAAGGCUCGUGUUGGGAUUAUAACAUUUAUAGUUCGUUGUUCUUACGAUUUAUGCCAGACGCCAGUCGGUGUGGCAGUUUAAUAGCAGCUAUUCCUCCACUUUUUGAGUGCUGCUCUGCGUUAACGAUUGGCUCAUAAAGUCUCUGGCGUGCUUCUAAAAGCCCAGGAAUCAGUCCGAGUAAUUCCAAAAAGGAAAAGAAGAAAGAAACUGACCCCAGAACAAUGUCUGGUACCGGCCUCGUUCAUCGCAACAAAGUUUAUUUACUAUGCAAAUAUUUAAAAAAUGAUCAAAAGAGUACUAUUCACAUUAUAUUGUAAGAUUCUACUUGAACCAAAUUAUUUUCCCGGCGGCGCGUGAGCCGAUUGUUUCAGGCGUGUGUGCUGUGCCUUAUACAGUCAGAGGAAGCAUCCCGCGCAAAUCAACGAGGUUCAGUGUAACAGAGGAGCGUUGUCCGACCACCUCCACACUGUUGAACAUCUCUGUGUUUACAUGACAGACGGACAAAGGAACCUGACCUGAAUGGAACUUUAGGGAACCAGCAUCAGAAGGUCAUGGGCGUCAGGAGGUUCCAGCUGGAGGCCUCGGUCAGUGUGAAUGUUCCCGCCCCGUGUUCUUUCUCUGGGUUAUUUUAUCCAUUUGUGAUUGAGGUACUUUCUUUUUGAUUGUACUGUCGCGUAUAGUUUGUGCUCUCUCUCUCUUUCUUCAUCUUGUUUCCUCUCUUUCUUGACCACUGACUCUGAGCUAACUGUAAGUUUCUUUAGGUGAUUUUUAACAUUGAUGGAAAAAAAUGAUUUGCAACUGAAUAGAUGUGUAUUUUUUCUGGCCUGAGUAUAUUUUACAUGAAUAAUAUAUGAUUGGUGUUAUAUGUUGUAAAAAAAAAAAAAAAAAAAAAAAAGAAACCAAGAAAAGACGCCUAAUAUUUGAAUGUUUUAGAUUUUAUUUUUGAAGAAAAGAAAUAUAGAGAAAGAAUAAUAACGGAAAUGUCCCAUGUAGCCGUUGGAGUUCAGAAGCAUCCGACAGAGACUGACACUUGUCCACGGCACAACGCUCCCCGUCGUGUCUGCAUGUCCGGACCUGUACGUGUUGUGUUCUGUUUAACCCAUGUGAUCUUUUUCUUUAGGUAUUAAUUAUCAUUUCAGCGUUGAGCACUUCCAUCAGAUCAAAAUACGUUGGGGAUGAACAUGACACUUGUUCUGCCUUGCCACGGGUAAUGUAGACUUUAAACGUCAUCUGCCUUUCAUGGUACGUAGAGGAAAUCAUUUCUACCUUUUUCCUUUUUUUCUUUAACCAUUACAUUUAGCCAUAGAGGUUUUUCGGGAGAGAUAAUUGAGUGGAGGCGGAUGUGAAGAGCUUCAGUAGCUCUGUUCCUGUUUACACUCAUGUACAAGGGUGAAAAACAGAAAUGAUUGUCAGGGGAUUUGCAUUUCAAUGUCUAAAACGCUUGUGACAACUAAAGAAGCCCAAUACUCCAACAAUAUGGUGUUUAGUAAGAGUUAUCAAUAAACAUAUAGUAAGUAUAAGUGUCCCUGAAAUAGAAAAUCUGGAGUGAGCGGGACGGACGACGUAGCAGCUUUUUUUUGUUUUACAGACAAACUAUGAUGGUUUGGACUUUACCAAGGCCAGCGACUUCUUUAGUGUCAUUUCCUGUUGUGGGUGUUUCUGAACGAUGACUUGACCCUGCUCUUCUUUGCCAUUUACUGAUUUCCUUGAUUCUGUGCUCGAACGCAUGUUUUCAUCGAGAACUCAACGGAGGUCAAUCUGAUGAUGUGCUAUUGACGAGUAACAUGGUUCAACUGCACGUGAUGUAUGCACUGUGAACUCAAAAUAAAUGACACUGUUUCAGUCUUAUGCA